CUGCCAUAUUUAUUCAUGCCGGGCAAGAUGGCGGCGAUACGGAAUUGGUGUUAUUGCCAGUGGACAUAAAAAAGGCAUUUUAUUUAAAAUAUAACAGCGAGUCAUAUCCACUUAUACACUUGAGCGCAUUGUGAGUGUAUGUGCCACGUAACGAGCGUCGUCGUCUUUUUUAAUUUUACGCGUUUGAACGUUUUUUCUUAUAAAAUGUUUUCGUUGUAAGUCGCUCGCUAACCGACCAGCUGGCUAACAGAGAGCAGUUACUAGCUAGCUAUCUACCACAGCCAAGCCGCCGUGAAGUGUAGGAUGGGAGAAAAGCUGGAGCUCAAGCUCAAAUCGCCGGUUGGAGCAGAACCUGCUGGCUAUCCGUGGCCGUUACCAGUAUACGAUAAACACCAUGACGCUGCUCAUGAAAUCAUCGAAACCAUUCGGUGGGUGUGUGAGGAAAUCCCAGACCUCAAACUGGCAAUGGAAAAUUAUGUACUCAUUGACUAUGACACCAAGAGCUUUGAGAGUAUGCAGAGACUUUGCGACAAGUACAACAGGGCCAUUGACAGCAUUCACCAGCUGUGGAAGGGGACCACCCAGCCCAUGAAGCUAAACAAGCGUCCCUCCAACGGGCUGCUGAGACACAUAUUACAGCAGGUGUAUAACCACUCAGUGACCGACCCAGAGAAGCUGAACAAUUAUGAGCCCUUCUCCCCUGAGGUGUAUGGAGAGACCUCUUUCGACCUGGUGGCCCAGAUUAUUGAUGAAAUGGAAAUGAUGGAAGAUGACACCUUUGUUGACCUUGGCAGUGGAGUGGGGCAAGUGGUGCUGCAGGUUGCAGCAGCAACCAACUGUAAACACUACUACGGUGUAGAGAAAGCAGACAUUCCAGCUACCUAUGCAGAGACCAUGGAUAAAGAGUUUAAAAAAUGGAUGAAAUGGUAUGGGAAGAAACAUGGGGAGUACACACUGGAAAGAGGUGAUUUUCUGUCUGAAGAGUGGAAAGAAAGAAUCGCCAACACAAGUAUUAUUUUUGUGAAUAACUUUGCCUUUGGUCCAGAGGUAGAUCACCAGCUGAAGGAGCGCUUUGCUAACAUGAAGGAAGGAGGGAAAAUUGUAUCCUCCAAACCCUUUGCACCUUUAAACUUCAGAAUCAACAGUCGAAACUUGAGUGAUAUUGGCACAAUUAUGCGUGUGGUGGAGCUUUCUCCACUCAGGGGCUCUGUGUCCUGGACUGGAAAGCCGGUUUCCUACUACCUGCAUACCAUAGACCGCACCAUACUUGAAAACUACUUUGCUAGUCUCAAAAAUCCUAAACUCAGGGAGGAGCAAGAGGCAGCUAGAAGACGUCAGCAGAAGGAUAUGAAGGACAGUAAAAGCAAUAGUACCACGCCCACAAAACCUAAAGAACCAAACAAGCAGGACUCGUGUGGUGAGGAGGAGCGUCCUAGCUUGGUGACUGUGGUCAAGCCCUCUGCCAAACCCAGAAGAACACGACUCCUGGCCAAAGGUCGCAAGCUGAACAAUAAGAAACGUGGUCGACCCAAGAAAGCCACCCCAGCUGCUGAGAAGAAAAACAAGAAGAAUCAGAGCGCGUUGGAUUUGCUGCAUGCCAAGACCCUUUCUGCAGCACCCACUCAGGAUGCAUACCGACCACCUCAGAGUUCCUUCUACCAGCUACCUCCCAAGGUCCAGCACUAUGCCUCUAGUCAACUGCUGCUGAGCCCAACCCCUCCUGGUUUGCAACAACUGCUAGACAAUAUCAAAAUUCAGUACCUCCAGUUUAUGGCCUACAUGAAGACUCCUCAGUACCGCUCCAACAUGCAACAACUUUUAGACCAGGAGAAGCAAAAACACAAGGACCUUUCAGGGCAGGCGGAGCAGCUCCAUUUGGUUUGUCAGUCUCACAAGGAGAAGAUCAAAGGUCUCUUUCAGACUAAACUGGAUGAGCUGGGAGUAAAAGCCCUGACUGUGGAGGACCUCCUUCAGGCUCAGAAGGAGAUAUCGGCCCACAAUCGUCAGCUGAAGGAGCAAACCAAGCAGCUUGAGAGAGACAUGGCCUUGCUGAGAGACCACAGCCUGCUACUGCUGAAGUCUCGAUGCGAGGAGUUGAAGCUAGACUGGGGCUCUUUGUGUCUGGAGAGUUUGUUGAAAGAGAAGCAAGCACUACGCAAACAGAUCUCUGAGAAACAGAGACACUGCUUGGAGUUGCAGAUAAGCAUUGUGGAGCUGGAGAAAAGUCAAAGACAACAGGAGCUGCUUCAGCUUAAAUCCUAUAGCCCUGGUGAAGGUUCCCCAUAUAGAAAGAACCUGGAGUCACGCUCUUCCACAGACAUGGACACCUCUAAGCUUGGCCUGUCUUCAGCCCCAGUUCUCAAUGGUGUUAGCUCAGAGCUUUCUAUCAAUGGCACUAGCUCACCUUGUUUUGACCGGGUUAACUUAAAGGGUGAGCUUCUUUCUCGUUACCUGCCCAUCUCUCCAGACCAUGAGUUGGGUGCCACCCCUGAUGUCCGACAGAGGCAGCAAAGCUCCUCUCAUGCUCUUCCUGACUACACACGUUUUUCCCCCGCUAAGAUUGCCUUGCGUAGGCACCUUAAUCAGGAUCCCACUGCCUCUGCUCAUUUGAGAGCUCCAGGGCUGACCACACACAGGGAACUGGGUGGUGUUAACUCUCCACUUGGAGCCAAACAGAACUGCCCCUCUCCCAAUGGAUCUGAUGCUCAGAAUAAUCCUAAAAGCUCUGAGAGGGGUGGUAAAGAGAGGAGUCCAUCUGUUCAGGGUGACAACAGCAUUACAAGCCUUCCUAUUAGUAUCCCACUGAGCACUGUUCACCCCAGUAAAUUACCCGUCAGCAUCCCACUGGCCAGUGUAGUUCUACCCAGUCGUGCUGAGAGACUGAGAAGUACUCCAAGUCCUGUGUCUCAGACAGGUCAGACCAAUGGGUAUUCAUCCAGCUCAGGGCUGAUGAAUGGAGGUCCCCACUCUGAGGACCACAAUGGUGCUUCUUCACCACCUCCACACAACAACACUUUAACAGGACCAGUGGGGCGAGGUGGUCCGAUCCAGAGCCCUCCUCUCAGCACUGGAGGUGUGCUCCAAUAUGCCGAUGGCCCCCCGAGGAUUGUUCCAGAAGAUGGACCAGAGGGCCAGGGAGGUGAAUCAGACACAGAACCCCAGGAAAGUGAACUCCGAAGGAGAAUCUUUUUCUCCUCGUCCUCCUCUUCCUCCUCGUCUUCCUCUUCGUCAGGCAGCGGAGGCAGCGUGGCUGGAGGAUCACGCCUCCACCAUCACACCGGCAGCUCAGCCAAACAGGGUUACCACAGUAACCAUGGAAACCACCACCACCAAUCCCCCAGCACACAGCACACUCACACACCCACACAUACGUCAUCAUCGCACUCCUCUCACAGCUCUCAAGAGGGACGCAAACGGGGGAGAAGGAAACGCAGCUCUGCAAUUGCUGUUAUGGCCAGUGGAUCCCCAAAGAGAAGAUCCUUCCCUGGCCUCAGCUCCAGCAACCACUCCUCAGGAUCGCCACUCAACAUUAACUCCAUGGUGAAUAACAUCAACCAACCUCUGGAGAUCUCUGCCAUCUCUUCUCCAGAACAGUCAAGCCGCAGCCCCAUUGGGCCUGACCUAGACCAGCCUCCCAUAUUAAAGAGAGAGCGCCCCCUGGAGAUGAAUGGCACUGGUCGAUAUUCCACAGCACCUAGCUCUGAUGAUGAGGACUCGGGAUAUCCAGUUGACAGUUCCAGUUCUCGAAUUGAAAGAAAAAUAGCCACUAUAUCCUUGGAGAGCAGAGAUGGACCUGGUAGACUCGGAGACGGUGAACGAGGCAGAAAAUCUGGAAGCAGUAGUGGUAACAGUACAGGCAGUGAGGCCUCCUCAUCAUCAUCCUUGUCAUCUACCAGCAAAUGGAAAUCUACCUUUUCACCCAUUUCUGACCCCAAACAACCCAACUCUGACCUGAGACAGGGGGGCUCUCCGUUCGGCAUUGGGGGUUCAGGUCGGGGCACAGACUCAGAUUCUGACCACAAACAACAGCAGGUGAGGAAAGGGAGUGAUGGAGAGUCCAGCUACAUCGCCCCAAACCCUUUCCUCAGUCAGGAGGGAAGUAACAGGGUUGGAAGCAGCAGUGCUGGUGGUGCCCAGGGAGGAAGUGGUUCAGACCAGCGCCAGACCCUGCAGAAGCAGAAGACUUCCCGUGACUGGGACAUAAAGAACAACAGCAAUCUGGCCAGUCAGAACCUCUUCAUUUCUGCUGCUGCCAGCAGUGGAGGGGGCAUUCUUAGUGGGAAGGUGGGAGGCAGUCCUGUAGCAGUUUCCUCAACCUCUGGGUCAUCAGUGGGGCAGUACCUUGGGCCCCCGUUCCCACUUGGAGGAACCUCAGUCUUGCAGACUUUGUUUGGGGCCCAGACAGGUGGAUCAACUGUGAGUGGGACCCCUCGGCUUGUCAACGGACACUCUACCCUAGGAAGCUUCUCCAGUGCUGGAUUGGCAGGGGGAGCAGCUGGAGGUAUAUUUCACCACGUGGUUCCCUCAGUGUCCUCCCAUCAGUUUGGGGCAACGCUCCCAACCUCAGGAGGCCUCAACUCUCUGCUCAGUCUCUCCUCCUCUUCCUCUACCUCCUCCCAAACCCAGCAACACACCACUCCCCAACCAGCCUCCACGCGCCUGACGUCCGUGUCCUCACCACUCCCCCUCUCCUUAUCCCAGGCCCAGCAUAGCCGCACGCAGUCGGUCCUGUAUAGCCCCUCUCCUCCCACACUCUCCCUGCCCCCUCCACCACCCCUGCAUAGCGUCCCCUCCUCCUCGGCAUCCACGCACUCUGACACCUCAGCAUCCUCGCGUCUGUCCCACUCCUCUCUUCACCACCAGAGAGCACAAUCAUCCCUCUCCAUCUCAUCCUCUACCUCUGCUGCUUCUGUCUCUUCUGCUGCCGCUGCGUCUGCAUCCCUCUCCUCUUCUUCUCUAUCAGCCUCCUCCUCGUCUCGUCCAUUUGCAGUGCACUACUCCCCUCGUCUGCCCCCUCCACCACCAACCAGCAGUUCCGGUGGUGUGGGGAGCAUGUGGAGGACUCAGAGCAUGCAUGGUACCUACACCACCUCCCAGCUCCCUGGCUCCCGACCUAGAUAGGGUUUGGGGGUGAGGGGAAGGGGAGAGGAGAGGAGUGGGGAAGGGCGGAGAACAAUCUGAGGGUGGAUAGAGGGUGAGAGGAAGGCUUGUAGGGAGUGAGAGAGACAGGAUACCUGUUUUCCAUGUGCUUCUACAAGCUGUUUUUCUGGUUGAACAAGGUAAUUGAUGAAAACUACCUCAACAUUAAAUGAACUAUGCAAAUGUCCAGGUGUGGACCAAGGCACUCUCCUCAUUCACUGGUGCUUCAAACUCUGCACUACCCAACCGCCUCCAAGACCGGCUUCUGUACUGGGAUCACACACACACACACACACACACACACACACACACACACACACACACACACACACACACACACUAUGGUCACCUUGAGCAGAAUUCAUAAGUACUGGUCAUGUUUGUGUGGAGUAAUAAAAUGUUUGUGUAAAGAUUUUACAAUCUGGCUGCUGUCCAGCUCUGAAUGAACUGAAAUAUCUUUUAACUUUAAGGUGCUAUCUACUAUGUUAAUGUGUAGUGUCUUUGUUUUAGUUCCAAUUAUAAAAACUAGGAUUCAGCAAAAUCAGAAAAAAACAACAGACUGAAGCACUCAUUUUUUUUUCUUAUUUUUUUAAGCUGGAUCUCAUCAGGUUCCACUAAAGUUUGACUUCAUGAGUGUGGUUUGGUCAUACUCAAACACAAACACACAGCUAGUUCUAUGAAUUCUGCUCAGAUGGCAUGCACCUUUUCUUCUGCUUGCAUGCUUUAUUAUCUCUGUUUUCCUCCCUCAGUGAAAUUCAACAUUUGUUGCAAUAUAUUUGACUGCGAAACAAGAUGAGGAACUUAAUACUUUGGUCUAACUUCGCACUGGAUAAUAAGGCUCACGUAGCAGAAGAUGUACACGUCCUGGCUUGUGUUAGUUGACACCCCUGCUAUGUUCAUGAUUUACUAUGUUUUUAUUUUUAAAAGAAAGACAAACUAUGAUGAAUUGCUGGUGCUUAAUUCAAAGGCAGGUAAUCAGAUUUUGUCUGUUUAGUGUUCUCUGACUGCUUUUGUCUCAAAAAUAGUAAAUAUUUUUGUUACUUUUCUAUAUUUCCUUAAAAUUAAGUUCUCAAUUUGUGUUGUGUGAUUCAGUGCUUUUCUACUAAUAUCAGAUAUUUAAAAGUGUAAUAGACAUUUUUUUUUUCUUCUUUUUUUUUGGCAAUAAUCAGAUGAAUUUCUGAAAGGUUGAUGAGAAUUAGGAAUAAUGUCGGUGACUUUUCCACUGACACAAAACAGCCUUUUAAUUUUGGCCUCAUUUUGAGAAUGGGGUAAAUUAAUAACAUGUCUGGGGUGCCAAUAAUGCUAAGCAGAGCUGAGUACAUUUAUAUUUGUUUAAAAAACUGAGAUGGUGCUUUCCAGCCACCCAUCAUUGUGGCUACACUGUUAAAGUUCAGUGAAUGGCUGAAUCCAGGUGUAAAAGAACAACAGAAUAUAACGAGUUUCUGUGUAUUUAUUAACAGUUUCUUUUCCAGUCAGUUUGUGAACUCAUAGAACCACAGCAGAAAUAUUCUUCAUAAUCUAAGAAUAACAGCAGACAUAAAUUUAUUCAUAUUUAUUUUUGCUGUUGGGAAAUGCAGGUUUAAAUAAAUGUGGACCGAUAUGUGAAAUUUUACUGCAUUUUAGUUAGUACAAAAACACAUGCACACACAGUCAUGCAUGCAAAUCCUCACACACUGGGAAAACAUAAUGAUCCAUAACCACAGCAAACUACUGGACUUGUUUCACACCUCUUUGUUUGCAUUUUUUUUUUUUUUUAAUUGUGUAAUUUGUUUUUGUAAACAAUGUUUGUACUGUGAAUGUGAUUCAUUCUCUGACUGUAUAGUUGUGGAUAAUUUAGAUUAUUAUAUUUAUGCUGUUGGUCUUUCCAUUUGCCUUGGUAUUUGUUUUUUCACCCUUUUUUUUUUUAAAUCCUGAAUUGUGUUGACAUUGUAGAAUGCAUUAGUGUGUGUACUUGACUCACAGUCUGAAAACAAUGGUGCUAAGUUUGGACUA